AUGGUCAGGCACAAGAAGAGCGAUGAGGAAUAUACAUCUGAUAAGAAGACAAACCCCAUUGGUGAUAUCCACAGAAAGUUAGUGCAUGUCCGCUCCCGAAAAGAUCGCGUCAACGAGGCCCUCGAAGCGCUACAGUCGUACACUGAGAAAGGCGGAAUACUAUGUCACAAGAACAAACCCAAAGUACUCGCCCUGUACCAAACACUGUUGAAAGCCUGUGAAAGCGAAGGGGAAUAUAUAAGGAGACUCCUCAGUGAGAUUGAAAGGAUACGCAAAUCUGAGUUCAGAAGUAAGAUGAAAACGCACUUGAAAAGGCAUGCUUUGAUGCAGUUGAUCAAUUUGCAGGGGACAUCGUUACCACUCUUUGUUGGUGGUGUGGACGGUUUCCCACCACCUUUCGUUGGAGCCAUUGCUAUUCCUGAGACUAUGCCUCUCAAGUCAGGUGAUUCCGUCGCUGCCUACGUUGACGAAAAUUGGAUACUAGCAGAGGUCGUCGCGGUUAGCCCUACCGGUCGAUAUGAUGUGAAGGAUGUUGACGAUGAGCAAAAGGUGGUUCGGCUCACAAUAGCUCGGCGUCGCCUCAUCCCUCUACCGAAAUGGAGAGCUGAUCCUGAAAGAGAUGCUCAUGCAUUAUUUCCUCUUGAGGCAAUCGUUCUAGCGCUAUAUCCACAAACUACAUGCUUCUACAAAGGAGUUGUGCAGAAAGUUCCCCAACUUGCCACUGAUGAUUAUUUGGUUGCUUUUGAAGACCCUACCUAUAGCAAUGGAUACUCUCCUCCACUGCCGAUCCCGCAGCGAUACGUCGUGUCAUACAAGGAGGUGAAGGGUAAAAAUACUAAGGCGUGA